CUCGAUCGCUCUUCGCUUCUUCUGCUCGGCGGAAAACCACUUACCCCACCCUCUCAAUGAAACCUUCUCCAGCUCGCUUUCUCUUAACCUGAACAUGUUGUUCAGAUUCUGAGGUAAACAGACGCCUCUUUUCUCACUUACUCUCCGGAAAGAUCAAUUGCUUUUCCGGGGCAUUUUCUUCCUGGGGCGUUGAUAUGGAGGGAAUCCGGGAGGGCGCCUUCUUCAGACUCCUCCUUUCUUCCAUCGCCGUCCUCUUCUUGCUUCUAGCGAUGAAUCCCGGGCGGAACUUCAGAUCCGCAGCCGCGAAGCUCCCCGUCGAAGAAGUUGCUGCUCUCAAAGCCAUUGCGAGUAAGUUGGGGAAGAAGGAUUGGAACUUUAGCGUGGACCCAUGCUCAGGGAAAGGUGGUUGGGUCACAGCUGACGCUGCCAAAUCGAGUCUCAACCGCGUCACAUGCAACUGCACUUUUGCCAAUGGAACUCUCUGCCACAUUGUUGCGAUAGAACUGAAGGGUCAAAAUUUAGCAGGAGUACUUCCCGAAGAGCUCAGCAUCCUCAAAUUCCUCCAGACAUUUGAUGUAACGCGUAAUUAUCUAAGUGGCACCAUUCCGAUUACUUGGGGUUCCUUGCCAUUGGUUCGCCUGUCCCUAAUGGUUAAUCGCUUUUCGGGUCCGAUUCCUAAGGAGCUUGGAAAUAUCACCACACUUCAAGACAUGACUUUGGAAGCAAACAAGCUCGCUGGAACUCUUCCUCCAGAGCUUGGAAAUUUGACCAUGUUAAAUAGAUGGACUCUUAAUUCCAACCAGUUUACAGGAGAGCUGCCUUCAACAUUGUCUAAGUUGGUAAACUUGAAUGACAUCCGGAUCAGCGGGAGCAACUUCACUGGAAGCAUACCCGAUAUCUUUCACAACUGGACCCAGAUUCGAUACUUGAUGAUAAUGGGUACGUCCUUGGAAGGACCCCUACCUCCUAGCAUUUCUGCUAUGGGGAGUUUGAUCGAACUGAGAAUUAGCGAGUUACGUGGACCAAGUUCAAGCUUUCCACCUCUACAGAAUUUGACACAGCUGAAGGCAUUGGUGCUGAGGAAUUGCUCAAUUUCAGGUCCAAUUCCAUCAUACAUCUGGAGCAUGACGAAGCUACAAGUUCUGGACCUGUCAUUCAACAACUUGACUGGGAAAAUUCCACCACAAUUUUCUAGUUUAUCAAACAUGAAAGAUUUGUUCCUUAGCAAUAACAAGCUGACUGGACCACUACCUGGGUGGAUCUAUACUAGCAACAGCAAUGUGGAUAUAUCAAAUAAUGACUUUUCUGGAGAAAUCUUAGCAACGGCUUGCUCACCAGGGAAUCUAAACAUGCUGUCCAGCUUUUCUUCCACAAGUGGCAACUCAGUGCCUAACUGUGUUCAAAAGGAUUUUCCCUGCUCUGGUUCAUCUAAAUACUCUUCUCUAUAUAUCAAUUGUGGAGGAAAGGAAUAUACUGUUGAUGGGAUUACAUAUGAAGCAGACAUGGAACAGAAUGGGGACUCCACUUACUUCAUUAGUAAAAAUGCGAACUGGGCCCUCAGUAGCACUGGGUGGUUCAUGGAUGCUGGCAGAGUCAACUACAUCAAAUCCAACCAAACGAGACUGUUGUUCAAUGAUCCAACACUAUACAUGGCAGCACGUACUACGUCAAUCACCAUGACAUAUUAUGGCCUUUGCCUACAGAGUGGGAGCUACAAUGUGCAACUUCACUUUGCAGAGAUAAUGUUCACUGAUGACAAAACUUUUAGCAGUCUUGGAGAGCGUGUAUUUGAUGUAUACAUUCAGCGCCAAAUAGUAUUGAAGGAUUUCAACGUUGAAAGUGAAGCUGGUGGCCCAGGAAGGAAAGUCAUCAAGAGUUUCAAUGUGAACGUGACAGACACUCUGGAAAUCAGUUUCUACUGGGCAGGCAAAGGAACUCUUUCAGUUCCAUCAAAAGGAGUUUAUGGCCCUCUCAUAUCUGCAAUUUCAGUGACAUCCAAUUUCGUGCCCAGAGGUUCUGUUCAAGCCCGAGACAAGAUUACAGCUGCGAAGAUUAUCGUGAUUGUCAUCGCCUGUUUUCUUGCAAUAACCUUCUUUGUAUUAGGAGUGCUUUGGUGGAAGGGCUGUAUUGGAAGCCGCAGACAGAAGGACGAAGGACUUAGAUGCCUAGAGAAGCGGAAACUGUGUUUCAGCCUUAAACAGAUAAACGAGGCCACACAGAAUUUUGACCCUGCCAAUAAGAUUGGAGAAGGUGGAUUUGGAUCAGUUUACAAGGGGUUACUGCCAGAUGGUAGAAUAAUUGCAGUAAAGCAACUCGCUGCGAAGUCCAAACAAGGGAACAAGGAAUUUUUGACUGAGAUUUGCAUGAUAUCCACUUUGCAACAUCCAAACCUUGUCAAGUUAUAUGGAUGCUGUACCGAAGGCAGCCAAUUGAUGCUCGUAUACGAGUAUCUGGAAAACAAUUCCCUCGCAAAAGCUCUGUUUGGUCGUGCAGCUGAAGACAGAUUAAAGCUGAAUUGGCCAACAAGGUACAAGAUCUGCAUUGGAGUUGCGAGAGGCCUUGCUUAUCUUCAUGAGGAAUCAAUGUUCAAGAUUGUUCAUAGAGACAUCAAAUCCGCAAACAUUCUUUUGGAUAAGAAGUUUAAUGCCAAGAUAUCAGAUUUUGGUCUGGCCAAGCUUGAUGAAGGAAAUGAUGCGCGCAGCAACACUCGAAUAGUCGGGACUGUAGGGUACAUGGCUCCGGAGUACGCCACGAGAGGCCAUUUGACGGACAAGGCUGACGUCUACAGCUUCGGCCUUGUGGUCUUGGAAAUAGUUAGCGGUGAAAGCAAUUCAACCUAUUUACCCAGGGAGAAGGUUGGAAUCCUUCUGGAAAGGGCUUAUGAACUCAAAGAAGAAGGGAACCUACUGGAACUGGUGGACCCGAGUCUCGGAAAAAGCUACUCCAAGGAGGAGGCCUUGAGGAUGCUGAGCUUGGCUCUUCUCUGCACCAACCAGUCUCCAACACUCAGGCCUACCAUGUCCAUGGCUGUGGAGAUCCUGGAAGGCAAGGCCGCUAUAGACCCGGCUUCAUUAGCUCUCACUAGACAAUUUACGGGCAGCACACAUCCGCCAAGCGGCUGCUAUCAGGACUCCAUCUCUCUGUCUGAGUCGAUGGCUAGCUCCUAUAGUACUGAUAAGCCGUCGCUGUGGAUUGACUCAUCAGAGACGAAUCCCAGCAUAGAUAGGAAGGGGAUUGCCUCUUCAGAAAUUUACCAAAGCGAUCAGAGCAUGUCUACCACAGUAAGUUCACAGGUUUACUAUAUUCUCAGUUUGUAUGUAAAAGUAGUUAUAUUUGGAUUGAAUGCAAACCUAAAAUCGGUGAAGGAGAGGGCGAACGAGAUGGAGAGAAUCCGCCACGGCUCUUUCCGCAACCUCUUCUUCCCUUCCUUCUUCCUCCUCUUGUUGCUGCUCGCCGUGAAUCCCGCGCAUAAUUUCGGAGCCGACGCCGCGACGCUCGUCGCCGAUGAAGUAGCUGCUCUCAAAGUGAUUGGAAGCAAGCUCAAGAAGGUCUGGGAUUUCAAUGUGGAUCCUUGCUCAGGGAGUAAUGGGUGGCUAACGCCGGGCUCGAGCACAGCUGUCAUGAACAAUGUCACAUGCAAUUGCUCUUUUGCAAAUGGGACUGUAUGCCACGUCGUCAGCAUCAAACUGAAGACUCAAAAUCUGACAGGAGUACUGCCUGACGAGCUCAGCAACCUUCCUUUCCUACAGGAAAUAGAUCUAACACGUAACUAUCUCAACGGAUCAAUUCCACCAAGUUGGGGUUCCUUGCCAUUGGUUUCAUUGUCCGCUAUAGUGAACCGCAUAUCAGGGCCGAUACCAAAGGAGGUCGGAAACAUUAGUACCCUUCGAGAGCUGGUUCUGGAAUCAAACAGGCUUGAGGGAGCUCUUCCACCAGAGCUUGGCAACUUAACCAGUUUAACAAGAUUGGUCCUGAGUUCGAACUACUUCACAGGGGAGUUGCCCUCAACAUUUGCGAAACUGGCAAACUUGACCGAGAUCCGAUUUACCGGGAGCAACCUUACGGGGACGAUACCUGGCUUCAUCGAAAACUGGACUCAGCUUCAAACCCUGAUGAUAAUGGGUACUUCUAUUGAAGGUCCUAUACCUUCCAACAUUUCUACCUUGGCGACUUUGCUUGUUCUGAGAAUUAGUGAUUUACAGGGACCCGGUUCUAAAUUCCCACCUUUGCAGAAUUUGACAAAUUUGAAAGAACUGGUACUGAGAAAUUGCUCGCUUUCCGGUGAAAUUCCAUCAUACAUUGGGAGCUUGAAAAGUCUUCAGAUACUGGAUCUUUCAUUCAACAACUUGACAGGAGCCGCUCCACCAUCCUUCACCAGCAAAACACUAAAAGAUGUGUUCCUCAGCAACAACAAACUGACGGGUUCAUUACCUAGCUGGUAUAACAACAAAAUGAAUGUGGACUUGUCAAACAACAACUUUGUCGGUGCAAAUUCAGUGACGUGCCAACCUUCGUCGAACGUGAAUCUCUUAUCCAGCUUCUCAUCUACAACUGACAAUUCAGCUUCUGCAUGCUUAAGGAAGGACUACCCCUGCUCCGGUGUAGCAAAAUAUUCUUCCUUGUUCCUAAAUUGUGGAGGGACCACAUAUACAGUCAAUGGAAGUACGUAUGAAGGGGAUCAAGGAAGUACAGGGGAUACCGUAUAUGCCGUCAGUAGCAAAGGCAACUGGGCUUUUACUAGUACUGGAUGGUUUAUGGAUAAUGGUAACCCCAGUUACAUGCCAACCAACACAACCAGCUUGUUGAUGAGUGAUCCAGCAUUAUAUAUGACAGCACGUACUUCACCAAUUACCAUGACCUAUUACGGUCUGUGUUUGCAGAAUGGAAACUACAAUGUCAGCCUUCACUUUGCUGAAAUAAUAUUCACAAAUGACCAAACUUAUACCAGUCUCGGAGAACGUGUCUUUGAUGUAUACAUACAGGGUAAACUAGUGUUGAGUAAUUUCAAUAUUGAAAAAGAAGCUGGUGGCCCAGGUUAUGAAGUCAUCAAGAUUUUCAGCGCGAAUGUGACGGAAAACACUUUGGAGAUCAAUUUCUAUUGGGCAGGGAAAGGGACAAUUGUAGUUCCAGAAAAAGGGAUUGAAGGACCUCUUAUCUCAGCCAUAUCGGUGACACCCAACUUUACUCCUCGUAAUUACGAUGAAACUGGUCGAACGAUUUCUACUGCAGUCAUCAUUGUGAUUGUUAUCGCUAGCUGUGUCGUCAUCUUCAUGGUUUUAAUGAUCCUAUGGUUGAAGUUCCGACGUGGCAAAGAUCCACUACACGAAGAACUUAAAGUUCUUAAGAAAGAAAAGAUGUAUUUCAGUUUUGGUGAAAUAAAAGCAGCCACUAAUAACUUCGACCCGGCAAACAAAAUUGGAGAAGGCGGAUUUGGACCGGUCUUUAAGGGCAGUCUACCAGAUGGCAGGGUCAUUGCAGUUAAACAGCUUUCAUCACGCUCAAGACAAGGUAACCGAGAAUUCUUGAAUGAGAUAAGCAUGAUAUCUCCCUUGCAACACCCAAAUCUCGUGAAGUUGCAUGGCUGCUGUACUGAAGGCAAUCAGUUGAUGCUAAUAUACGAAUACCUGGAAAAUAACUGUCUGGCACGAGCUCUCUUUGGGCCCCCUGAACACCGAUUAAAACUAUCAUGGCGGACAAGAUACAACAUUUGCCUUGGGAUAGCGAAAGGCCUAGCUUAUCUUCAUGAAGAAUCCAGACUGAAGAUUGUUCACAGGGAUAUCAAAGCCACAAAUGUUCUUCUUGAUAAAGACCUCAAUGCCAAAAUAUCAGACUUCGGUUUAGCAAAGCUUGACGAAGAGGAGCAUACACACAUCAGCACUAGAAUAGCUGGGACUAUAGGAUAUAUGGCUCCUGAAUAUGCAACGAGGGGCUAUUUAACAGCAAAAGCAGAUGUUUACAGUUUUGGGGUUGUAGCAUUGGAAAUCGUAAGCGGCCAAAGCAACACAAGUGCAUCGACAAAUGAAGAUUUUGCUUUCCUUCUCGACAGGGCAUAUGUGCUACAAGAGAGUGGGGAGCUCCUGCAACUGGUGGAUCCGAGCCUAGGAUCGAAGUUCUCGAAGGAAGGGGCCAUGUGCGUGCUCACUGUGGCUCUUUUGUGCACCAGCACUUCUCCAAGUCUCAGACCUACAAUGUCCACCAUUGUAGACAUCCUUGAAGGGAGAGCCGGGGUUGAAGAGACAUCGACGUCGAGUGGCUACUCGAGUGGACACUCUCAGAAGACCAACCAGCUGAAGCCGCAAUACAUGUCUCAGGACACCAUGACUCAGUCUGUGCCAUCAAUUCAUGAGCAUUCGCCAUGGACAGACACAUCACAGUCGGUUCCCGAUAAAGGGCUACAUAUAUCUGGAAGGUAGCGAGAAUAGUGUGUGUUAUGUAUCACAUUCGUUCAUUUAAUGUGGCUCCUCAGCAAUUCCUUACAUUGUGCAGUUUUCUUUGUAUGUUAUAUUGUAAUUUUGUAAUAGAAAAUAAACUUAUUUGCAGGAGUUUUUUCAGAUAUUCAAAAUUCUUAUAAGCUUGUAAAUGGAAACAUCAACUUAUUUGCAAGGUUGACAAGUUUUGCAA